AUGGAUAUACUGCCGAAUGAGCUGAUAUUAUUAGUUGGAGAAUACAUCAACGAUGAUGUGUUCUCGAAACUAGCCUUGAGCAAAUGCUCUCGCAGGCUUCAGUGGCUGUUUGACCCCACUACGGUCUAUUCAUCCAUUCACAUUUCCUCCAUCGGGACCAGAGAAGUUGAACUCAUCCAGUAUUUGUGGCAUCGUCCUGACCUAGCACAACUCGUCCAUGAUGCCAAUUUUGGCUUCGCACGGGGUUUUCAUCCGGAUUAUCCGUCCCUGACUAAGGCUUGUAGCCCGCGGUGGAAUUCGACAAUUGAACAUAUCGUUGAUGAUAUAUGUGAAUCGGAACGCGAGAAAGCUUCGUGGAAUAUGCGGCUACGACAAUUAUGCGAAGAUGCCUGGCUUGGUGUACUCCUCAGUCGCUUGAAUAACCUGAAGAGCAUCACGCUUGGCUAUGGGGAUAAUCAAUGGUUAUUGACUAGUAUCUUGGACAAAGCGUUGUUGGGCCGACGGCCGUUUAGCACGGCUACUCCGUUCCCAUUGCUACAAAAGGUCACUCUCAUAAAUUACCAAGGCCAGUUCAAAUAUAAUCCACAUUUUGCACUGGGCUGGUUUCAUCUGCCGGCUGUUCGUACGAUCGAGGGCGUCAAUAUGUGGGACUCUUCUGGUGGAAUGGACGUCGGAACGUCGAAUAUCUCCCGCUUGAUAGACCGCGUGAGUUCGGUCACUGAAGUUGUGUUGUCACCGGCCUUCUUUUGUCGCGGCAUGGGCGAUUGGAUCGCAGCAUGCCCCAAGCUCGAGCAUUUCAAGGUCGACAUUGGUGUAAUAUCUGAUGCACCCUCCUCUUAUAUCUUCGAUCCUAGAGAAUUCCGCCAGGGUCUUGCCCCUCGCAAGAAAACCCUCAAAGCUCUCUCUAUCGAGUUUCACAAUUCAUACCGCCGAUUCCGUGCCAAGCACAGGACUAUGGAAGUACAACACUAUCUUGGACGUGAUGAUCUUCCGUUCGGCUCUUUCAGGGAGUUCAUUGUUUUGGAACACCUGUCCAUGAGGCAUGCCAACCUCAUGCGACUCCCAGGUGUAAAUAUCAGGGACAGCCACGACGCUGCUCCACAAUGCCUAGUUGACUUGCUGCCGACGUCUCUCAAGUCCCUCGAGAUCACCGACGUUGUGCAGGCGUUUAUCCUCGGCCUAAUCUCUGAGUUGAGGUUGUUAGUUAGACAGCACACCACUAUCAUACCUCAAUUCAAACGUAUUGUGCUCCACUUGCAGGAGGGGGAAUUGGAACUGGCCAUGCUUCUAAUCGACGAUCUUAAAUCGGAAUGCGAACGCAUGGGCAUUCGCCUGAUGGUCAUAGGACGGUCCAUCUAG